AUGGCGAUACCGUGCAUGGUCAACACUACGAUAGCCGUCCAAAAUUCGUCAUCAUCUCACCUCGAUAAUUUUGAACCUACCGCGAGAUGUGGAAGAAUCGUCGAAGAUUCGGAAGCAGCCCAGGAAAUGGGUUAUCAGGGAACCCUCGAUUGGUCUCCAUCGAUGCAAGCCCUCCUCUUUUCCUCAACCUUCUACAGUAGCCUCGUCUCCGUCCUCUUUGUCGGCUAUCUGGCUGACCGUUUCGGGCCCAAAAUUAUGCUCCUAGGCGCAUCUGUUGAUUUUCUGAUCAUGAGCUAUCUAGCCCCAUCGCUGGCUAGUCACUCGUAUUGGGCAUUCUUCGGGACGAGGCUGGUAAUGGGAUUGGCUGAGCUCCUCUGCAAAAAUACGAUGAGCCCACUGUCGGAUUAUUUGAAGCGGCGCGGGCAUAGUCCGACAAAGUUGGGGAGAAUAUUCCAGGGGAUUAGCUCAUUUGGCUCCGGAACUUUCGUUAUCCUACUCGGCAUUAUACCUUCUUGUGAUAACCCGGUUCUUGCGAUCCCACUCCUGAUGGGUUACGAUGCGAUCCCAGGGACGCUUGGCAGUAUGGGAGGGCCGUUGCUGUUAUCGCUAAUCAAUUAUUUGCAACUGCCCUACAAAUGGCCAAUACUUUUUACGUGCUGUGCUGUUCUCCAUUACAUUGGUGGAAUAAUCUUUGUCAGCUGGGGAUCAGCCGAAGUCCUCGCGUGGGCCAGAGCCGAUUCCGUCAAGCCUAUCCCGAGUUUCCAAGUGUUUGAUCCGGAAACGAAAAUUCGGCCUGUUGAGAAA